CGCCGACAGGAGACUUCGCAAAGCGCCGGAAACUUCGUGGAAAGUUUACGGGAAGCCUUCCUCAGGAGUCUAUCGCUGUUGUCAUCUCGGCAACGACCCUUCCCCGACAAAAAGGCCAUGUCCGGCUCUUCCAGCGUCGUGGCCAUGAAAAAAGUGGUGCAGCAGCUGCGCCUGGAGGCCAGCGUGAGCCGCGUGAAGGUUUCCCAAGCUGCAGCUGACUUAAAGCAGUUCUGUCUGCAGAAUGUACAUCACGAUCCCCUGUUAACAGGCGUUUCUUCAAGCACAAAUCCAUUUAGACCUCCAAAAGUGUGUUCCUUUCUCUAACAAUAUUGUUCAUGAUCUUCUAACAACUUUUCAUAUAUGUGUGUAUGGUGAAUAUGGAAACCAAGGAGAGUGGAUUGGAACCUGUACAGGAAAUUUCACCUUAAUGUGCCAACUUAGUGCUAGUAAUACUGUUACUGUUGUCAAACCUACUAC